ACGUACUUCUAAUUGUAAUAGGUAAACGCCAAUUACACGUACCUGUCAAAGUAUAUUAUAGUCAAACGACCGACAGGUGUCCCGGUUAUUGUGACUUCUUAAAUGGAAAGUGUAAAUGGUAGAAUUAAACAAGCACGGAAAAUUGUGUUUUAUUUCGGAUUUGUAGCAUUGUUUCUUUUCAUCACAUUAAAAAGUAAUUAUCUGAUCCAAACUUGGCAGCAUGUUUUUGGAGACAGUGCCAAAAUAACUUCAGAAGAUGGCUUGCUGAACCGACGCUUAAAAUGGAUAAUCGACGAAAAUCAAGAAAGCGGUAUUUCACCAGGUCAUUUGACCGAAGAACAAGCCGAUCACAAUCACCUGUCGCUCGGGCAUAAUGGAGUUACCACUACCGGUUUUGAUAAUGUUUACAAAGGUCACAGCACCGAUGUAAAGUGUAGUGAUUUCCACAAACUUCCAAAUAUAACGGACAUUUGCCAGUUUGUCAAUUCUACAGAUGACUGCAAAAUAAGUGAAGGUUUUAUCAACUACACUUUAUUUGUGUACUGUACACUGCAGAUAGUGCCACUAGCCCUAGCCAUUGUGUUUGUAUGGUGGCUGUUUCUCUUUGUGGGUUUGGCUGUCACAGCAGAAGAUUUCUUCUGUCCAGCUUUGACUGUGAUUUCCCAGACACUACACCUCAGUCACAAUAUUGCAGGUGUUACUUUCCUAGCAUUUGGAAAUGGAGCACCAGAUAUUUUUUCAGCCAUUGCGGCUGUUAAUAGUGCCAAGAAUGGAGAUGCAGGUCUUGCGGUUGGGGCUCUGUUUGGUGCUGGUAUGUUUGUGACGACGGUGAUUGCUGGCACCAUAUCUAUUGUCAGCCCUUUUGAUGCCAUGCAACGACCAUUUCUUCGAGAUGUCAUAUUUUUCUUGGCUGCUGUGUUUUGGCUGUUCUACAUUCUGUGGAAACAGGAAAUCACCAAAUAUGAAGCAUUGGGGUUUAUCCUGUUGUAUGUAUUCUACGUAUUGGUGGUUGUGAUUGGCCGCUAUAUUUACCAACGAACCCGUAGCGAUGAGCACCCAGUACUUCAUGUUCCUCAUCUUGAUGACAAUUCACACGAACAAUCAUUAUACACGUCUGGGGAACAGAAGUAUGUUAUGAGACCUGCUGGCAGUGUGCAGGCUAAAGAAGAAAGAACCCCACUGUUAGAGAAUGCUGUGGUAGAGAACUACAGUUUAAAGCAGCAGCUGCCAGAAGAAGAAAGAACGGUAUUCAAACAGUUUCUCUCAUCCAUCAACCCGAUUGACACAGAGAUGUGGCCAGAGAUGAGAAUACACAGUAAAAUAUUUGAAAUAUUUAAGUGUCCAAUACUGCUGAUACUGAAGCUGACGAUCCCAGUGGUGGACUACAGUAAUGAAAACAAACAUAACUGGAACCGAGUGCUCAACAGUCUGCAUUGUUUUACUGGACCGCUUUUCGCCAGCUUAGCAACACAAAUUGGCUUUAAAACUCUUGGAUCAGUCUUCCCUGUUUGGGGUCUGGUGAUGAUCGUUGGGGCUGCCCUUGCAGUCCUCAUCUUUGCUGUCACUAAGAAUGACGAGAAGCCUGCUUUUCAUGCUGUGUUUGGUUAUCUGGGCUUCCUUGUGGCUGUUAUAUGGAUCUACUCUAUUGCUAACGAAAUUGUAAAUAUACUUCAAACAUUUGGUGCCGCUUUCAAUAUUAGUCAUGCAAUUCUGGGUCUGACUCUUCUAGCAUGGGGAAACAGUUUAGGAGACUUUAUAUCUGACUUCACAAUGGCAAGACAGGGCUACCCAAGGAUGGGCAUUUCAGCUUGCUAUGGAGGACCAUUGUUCAAUAUUCUACUUGGUAUAGGAAUACCCUUCACCAUUUUGUGUUUCAAACAAGGUGGCAGCUACAAGCUGAACAUAACUCUGGAGGAGUUUGUGAUAUUCGUCUUCCUGUUGAUCAGCCUCAUGUCCUCGCUUGUCAUCGUGCCGUUGUCAAGGUUCCGCAUGUCUCGCCCCCUCGGUGUUUACCUCAUCAUCCUGUACAUCGUCUUCAUGGUGGUGGUUAUUCUCACUGAGACGGGGACAAUACGUGGCAAAAUAGACUGAGAAACAGGAACAGUUAAAUGGCAAGUUAGACUGGAAAAUGGGUGAAAUACAUGGCUAAAUAGCCUGAAACAUAGGAACAGUAUGUAGCAAUGUAGACUGGAAAAUAGCAACAAUUAAUGGCAAAAUAACACUGAAAAAUAGGAACAGUAUAUGGGGAAAUAGACUGAAUAAUAGCAACAACUUCUGGCAAAAUAGACUGAAAAAUAGCAACAAUUCAUGGCAAAAUGGCAACAGUUCAUGGCAAAAUAGACUGAAAAAUAGCAACAAUUCAUGGCAAAAUGGCAACAGUUCAUGGCAAAAUAGACUGAAAAAUAGAAACAGUAUGUAACAAGAAUUACGGUAACUUAAAAAUAGGAACAAUAUGUGGCAAAAUAGACUGAAAAAUUAUAACAGUAUGUGGCAAAAUAGACUGGAAAAUGAGAACAGUACAUAGCAAAAUAGAUUGAAAAGCAGGAACAGUACAUAGCAAAAUAGACUGAAAAGCAGGAACAGUACAUAGCAAAAUAGACUGAAUAACGGGAACAGUACAUGGCAAAAUAGACUGAAAAACAGAAACAGUAUGUGGCAAAAUAAAUGAAAAAUAACGUUAUAUAUACACAUACUGUCAAACUUCAUUAUCUCGAUGUUGAGACCAAGCCAGCAAGCUUGAUAUACUGGUUUAUAUAAUUUCUCCAGUUUGAGAUUACAGAUAACAAGAUUGUAAUAAAGGUCAAGACAGUAAAGAUUGACUGAUUAUGAGUAUUAUUAUCAGCAUAGUCAUAGUCUAAAGUAAAUGGUUACGUAUUUAUCAUAAUGUUUCAUGCUAUCUUUAUAGCAAGUGCCAUAACAAUUUUGCUAUCAUUUUAUAUUUAGUAGGGUGGGGUGGUGGGCACUAACACUGUCUAUGAGUCGUGUAGGGAAUAGGGCCUCGACAAGUCCAAAAUAUUGCACUCUGGUACUCGAGGGUCAAACUCAACCUGGACCCGAGCAUCUUAAUUCCAGUGCUAAACAUAAAUGCCAAAACAUGCCAUUGUAUUGCAUUCGACUCAUUCAACUUUUGUUUUCCCUCCGUGUCUCAUAGCCCUAUAAUGUAAACGGCGGCAAACAUAUGGCUAAAUGACAUAAAAAAAAUAUAUAAUUAAGUGGGUACUCUAGUCCUGUAAAUGGAUUUGAGUCUUGCUAGACUCGGCCCAUGCCAGAGUACUCGUGAAGACCCUAGUAAAGUAGUACCCUAGUAAUGGCAUGUUCACCUGCCUAUGCUAGUGAUUUCUUUGGCACACAAUUGUGGUAGUUGCAGUUUGUCAACUUGACAUCAUCAGUGUCUUCAGUAAUGAUAAAACAAAUCUAAAGCAGCUAGAUGUAUGUAUGUUUUAUUCUUAUAAUAAACAGAAACUAUUUACUAUGUGUGUACUUCAGCAUUGUGUAAAUGACCUACUUGUGAUUGAGUGCUAUUAACAUCAAUUGUAUAACAAAUUGAAUCAUAUAGGUACUUAAUAUUUGAUGUAAGUUACAGUUUCUGAAUAAUAAAAAAAUUAUCACACUUUUUUGUGUGUGCCACACAAAAUGUAUGGAACUUGGUUAGGAAUUUUUAUAUCCCUUGUUCUCAUUCGGGGACACGACGACUGGUACAUCAAAGGCCAUGGUAUGUGCUAUCCUGUCUGUGGGAUGGUGCAUAUAAAAUAUCCCUUGCUACUAAUGAAAAAAUGAAGCAGGUUUCCUCUCUAAGACUAUAUGUCAGAAUUACCAAAUGUUUGACAUCCAAUAACUGAUAAUUAAUAAACCAAUGUGCUCUAGUGGUGUCAUUAAACAAAACAAACUUCUUCUCAUUCGGGGAAUAAAACAAUUCCCAAAUUUGUCCCAUAAAUUUUUUAUGGCACUCCAACUUAUACAGUAAUCUUUAUGUAUAUGUACAUAAACAUAUUUAUUUUUAAAAUUAUAUUUAUACUCCAUUUUAAAAAAUCUCCAGUGUUGAAUGACUGAUACCGGUACAUGUAUACCUUCUGUAGAAAAAUGUGAUAUAGGGAAUAAUACACGAGUACCCAUUGGAGACGAUUUAUCUCAGAAUGAGUUGUUUCCAAGUACAUCUAACAAGCAAAAAGCCUUGUAAUAUACAUGUAAUCUAAAUUGUCUCCAAUGGGCCCAGAUGUAUUGUUCUAUUUCUUACACACCUUGAAAAGGUUAUUUUUAAAUAUAGUUUAACGGACAAACACUGAAUAAAAUGACUGGACUUUAGUUUCAAAGUAAUAUACAUGUAAGCUAAAUUGUCUCCAAUGACCCCAGAUGUAUUGUUCUAUUUCUUACACACCUUGAAAAGGUUAUUUUUAAAUAUAGUUUAACGGACAAACACUGAAUAAAAUGACUGGACUUUAGUUUCAAAGUGUCCAAGUUAAUGACGUUAUAGAUACACAUGACAUAUUAAAAUGACGACAAGUGUUUAUGGUUACUCUGUACACUUGUUAAUGGGUCAAAUUUCAAAUACUCCUAUGGGUUCACUACAAGAUAUUGAUCCUUUGAUCUACUGCAUAUUAGGCAAACCCUUUAUAUCCUGCUUCCAAAUCCAGUUGAAAAUGUAAGAUUUUAAAGGUGUGUGUGUGUUUCCCCAUGUCUCACCUGUGUCUCAAACACAUGUAAAUCAACACAGUAUGGAUUAAUCUGUUUUUACCUCAUGGCAAUACAUGUAUUGAAAAAUGGUAUUCAUCAUACUGAUGUGAUUACAAAAUGAUUUACACUCAUAUACCCAUGUAAAAAGGCUAUUGGGUCUCGUGAAAGCAUUAAAAUGGAAAAACCGGCCUCGGUGGUGUCGUGGUUAAGCCAUCGGACUACAGGCUGGUAGGUACAGGGUUCACAGCCCAGUACCGGCUCCCACCCAGAGCGAGUUUUAACUACUCAAUGGGUGGGUGUA